CCAGGACAAAAUCAGGAUUCUAAUCCAAAUGAGGCAUUUGUUGAAUGGCCCGAAGUUCUGUCUAUAGAAAGUUUUCAUCAUGAGUGAUCUCUCUAUCAAGCACAAGACCACGAUGCAGACAUCAGAGACUGUGUCGGACACAGGUUCAACAGUGACUUUACAGACAUCUGUGGCUGGCCAAGCAGCAGUGCCCACGCAGGUAGUACAGCAAGUACCAGUACAGCAACAGGUACAGCAGGUACAGACCGUGCAGCAGGUACAGCAUGUCUACCCAGCACAGGUGCAGUAUGUGGAGGGAAGUGACACAGUCUACACAAAUGGAGCUAUCCGAACAACAACUUACCCUUACACAGAAACCCAGAUGUAUAGCCAAAACACCGGGGGGAAUUACUUUGAUACGCAAGGAGGUUCUGCACAAGUGACAACAGUGGUCUCAUCUCAUAGUAUGGUGGGCUCUGGAGGGAUUCAAAUGGGUGUCACAGGAGGACAACUCAUUAGCAGCUCUGGAGGGACCUAUCUGAUUGGCAAUUCAAUGGAAAAUUCUGCUCAUUCAGUGACUCAUACAAUGCGGGCCUCCCCAGCUACAAUUGAAAUGGCGAUUGAGACACUGCAAAAGUCUGAUGGUCUGUCCACUCACAGAAGCUCUCUUCUCAACAGCCAUCUCCAGUGGCUCUUAGACAACUAUGAAACAGCAGAAGGAGUCAGUCUCCCCAGAAGUACGCUUUACAAUCAUUACUUACGACACUGUCAGGAGCACAAGUUGGACCCAGUCAAUGCUGCCUCCUUUGGAAAACUCAUAAGGUCAAUUUUCAUGGGGCUACGGACCAGGAGACUAGGCACCAGGGGGAACUCCAAAUAUCAUUAUUAUGGGAUUCGUGUCAAGCCAGAUUCUCCUCUUAAUCGGCUACAAGAGGACAUGCAAUAUAUGGCUAUGAGACAACAACCCAUGCAGCAGAAACAGAGGUACAAGCCUAUGCAGAAAGUGGAUGGAGUUGCAGAUGGUUUCACAGGAAGUGGUCAGCAGACAGGCACAUCUGUUGAGCAAACUGUAAUUGCCCAAAGUCAACAUCAUCAACAGUUUUUGGAUGCAUCUCGAGUACUUCCAGAGUUUGGAGAAGUUGAAAUAUCUUCUUUGCCAGAUGGUACUACGUUUGAGGAUAUCAAAUCACUGCAGAGUCUUUAUAGAGAGCACUGUGAGGCAAUAUUGGAUGUUGUAGUGAAUCUUCAGUUUAGCCUGAUAGAAAAAUUGUGGCAAACUUUCUGGCGCUAUUCUCCCUCCACUCAAGCUGAUGGCACUGCUAUUAGUGAACCGAGCAAUCUGAGUGAAAUAGAAAGUCGACUUCCGAAAGCAAAGCUGAUUACUCUGUGCAAAAAUGAGACUAUUCUGAAAUGGAUGUGUAACUGUGACCAUGUGAUGUACCAGGCUUUGGUGGAGAUUCUCAUUCCUGACGUCCUUAGACCUAUUCCUAGUGCCUUGACCCAAGCCAUUCGCAAUUUUGCAAAAAGCCUUGAAGGUUGGCUUUCCAAUGCCAUGAACAAUAUUCCACAGAGAAUGAUACAAACCAAGGUUGCCGCUGUAAGUGCCUUUGCCCAGACUCUGCGAAGAUACACAUCUCUUAAUCACCUGGCUCAGGCAGCUCGUGCUGUGCUUCAGAACACUUCUCAAAUCAACCAGAUGCUCAAUGACCUCAACCGUGUUGAUUUUGCCAAUGUCCAGGAGCAGGCUUCCUGGGUAUGCCAGUGUGAUGACAACAUGGUUCAGAGACUAGAAACCGACUUCAAGAUGACUCUUCAGCAGCAGAGCACUCUGGAGCAGUGGGCUGCCUGGCUCGAUAAUGUAAUGAUGCAAGCAUUGAAACCAUAUGAAGGAAGACCCAGCUUUCCUAAAGCAGCACGGCAAUUUCUGCUAAAAUGGUCUUUCUACAGCUCAAUGGUUAUUCGAGACUUAACCUUGCGCAGUGCUGCUAGCUUUGGCUCUUUUCAUCUGAUCCGACUGCUUUAUGAUGAGUACAUGUUUUACUUAGUAGAACACCGUGUUGCUCAGGCAACAGGAGAAACACCUAUAGCAGUUAUGGGAGAGUUUGGCGACUUAAAUGCUGUUUCCCCUGGAAAUAUGGAUAAAGAUGAGGGCAGUGAAGUUGAAAGCGAAAUAGAUGAAGAGCUAGAGGAAUCUGGAGAGCCACAAGCCAAGAGAGAGAAAACAGAGCUAACCCAGGCAUUUCAGGUGGGCUGCAUGCAGCCAGUACUAGAGAGUGGAGUACAGCAGAACCUCCUGACCCCACUUCACAAUGAGCACAUUGUCACAAGUACUCAGACUAUCAGACAAUGCAGUGCUACUGGAAAUACAUAUACUGCAGUCUAACAAAAUAUUAAAGCUUUUUUCCCCCCAGAUUACAUUAGCCCUGUUGAUGUUGGGCUUAAUAUGAAAAAACAAGAAUAAGUCUGAAGGCGACUGUUGUCAAAUUUUAGCUUUGCUGAACAUUACCUUUGUUGGAAUUGUGAAAUGGAAUGGGUGUAUGUAUUUUACCAGAUCUGUUUAAAAAAAAAUUUUUGUAAACAAAAUCACUUUACAUUGGUCACUCAAUAUUAAGAGUUUUCUUAGUUUUACAUGUCAAGAAGGAUUUUGCAAAGCUUACUAUUAAUGUUUUUGUCCUCUUAUAAGUAAAGUAAUUUAAUUUUUUCAUAGUUUUUUUUAAAAUGUUAAUUGUUAGUUAUGGUGAUGAUUUAAUAUACAUAGUUUUUUAAUUAGAUGCACUUCUGUGAAAUAUCAAAAGAAAUAUUUUCUUUGAUUUACACUGGAGGCAUAUUCAUUUGACAGCAGAUGCAUCAAAUUUGUCAUAAAAAGGUGCUUUUCAUUGGACAGAACUAGAAGACACUACUAUUUUGAUCACAUUUCUGAGCAUUCAGUGGGAAAGUUUUAGGAAUUUUUAUUAUAAUGCUGGAGGGUUGGGAAGAUCUAUUGUUUUCUUUAUCUAAGGAAGAGUUGUGUUUUCUGCAUUCAUGAAUGCAGACUAAAUGAGAGAAUGGUAAUGUGUACGUAAUAAAUGUACAUAAUUAUCAGACCAUCACGUAAACAAUGCAAACUUCCAUUGAAACCAUCAGUUUUACAUUUUAUUUGCAUACCAGUUCCUCUGUUUGAAGACUACUGAUUCUAUAUUUGAGACCACUGCACAGAUGCUUUCAGCUGUUAAGUGGGACUGUAGUAGUUAGAUACUGAAGUUGAAAAAGAAGUGACUUGAUUUUUUUAAGUGUAUGUGCUACUUAUGCUGAACUGGACAUACAGGAAACCAUUCCAUC